AUGCCUACCUUCCUUACUCCAGGCAGGCAUGGAUACAGUGUGCGAUUCUCUCGCACAAGGCCUGAUUCCCUGGCAGUGGCAACAAGUCAAUACUAUGGCCUUGCCGGUGGUGGGACUCUGUUCUUUCUGGAAUUGGCACCAGAUGGUACAACACUAUUGGAGUUGCAGAAACUUGAAUGGAGUGAUGGUCUUUUUGAUGUGACGUGGUCGGGGACUGGUGACGGCGUGGCGGCCUGUGGGGCUGGUGAUGGGGCGGUGGUGGUGUGGAGGGGCGGUUGCGCGGCGCCGCUCCGUGUCUUGAGGGCACAUCGGGCUGAGGUGUGCUCCGUCGACUGGCCCAGGGCGCACCUGCUCAGCGCCAGCUGGGAUACCACCGUCAAACUGUGGGACCCCGAAUCGGAGGCGUGCCUCAGCACGUUCUCGGGCCACUCGCAGCUGGUCUACACGGCGGCGUUCUCGCCCCACUCGCCGGCCACGUUCGCCACGGUGUCGGGCGACGGCCACCUGAAGCUGUGGACUUGCGCGGAGCCAGCUAGGCCGGCGGCGGCGGUGAAGGCUCACGAUGCCGAGGUGCUGUCUUGCGAUUGGAGUAGGACGGAGAGCCACGCGCUGGCUACGGCUGGCUCGGACGGGCUCAUCCGCGGCUGGGACUUGAGAAGACUGACCACCCCAAUGUUCACACUCAAAGACAUUCCUUUAUCGGGUAGGAUGUUGCGAAUGCGCAGUAAGAAGGGUGCAGUUCUCACCACACGCGCCCUCCGUCAUAGCGGCCGUCUCCUACGACUUUACGACCAGGAUAUGGGACUUGAAGCGCGGCUGCGAACCGCUGGAGACCAUCCGCCACCACUCGGAGUUCACGUACGGACUGGAUUGGAACACCCUCAGGCCCCACCAGAUAGCGGACUGCGGCUGGGAUUCGCUGGUCCACGUGUUCGUUCCCCGUUCGCUCGCCUGAGGGUUUCAUGUGCCGCCGCAAUGGUUAUAGUGGAUGCUGUCAUAGGAAGCGGCUGUGUGCCAAAUAAGACGAAUUAUUCGGAA